AUGGCGGUUGCUGAUCUGAGAGACGAGCUGAACUGCUCCAUCUGCCUGAAUGUGUACGAGGACCCUGUCAUGCUGAGAUGUGGACACAACUUCUGUUCCACCUGUAUAGGAAAGGUGCUGACAGCACAGGAAGGAUCUGGAAUGUAUUCUUGUCCACAAUGCAGAAUGCAGUUUGAGGAGCGCCCUGCACUACAGAGAAACCUAGUUUUAAGGAACAUUGCAGAGCGUUUUCGGUCUACUCAUGCGGAGGAGGAACCCAGCGGGGUCUUGUGUACGUACUGCAUUAACUCUUUAACACCCGCUGUUAAGACAUGCGUCAAUUGUGAGGCUUCUCUGUGUGAGGGUCACGUCAAAGUGCACAAUAAGUCUUCGGAGCAUGUACUGAUUGAGCCUACCACUUGCUUGGAGAACAGAAAAUGCUCCAAACAUAAAAAGAUCUUGGAGUAUUUUUGUUAUGAAGACUCUGUCUGUAUCUGUGUGUCCUGUAGAUUGGAUGGAAUACAUAAAGGACAUCAGGUUGAGCCUAUUGAAGAGGCUUUUGAAAAGAAGAGAGAAAAGUGGAGAAAUGUUCUUGAGGAGUUGCCUUCACAGAAAGACGAGGCCACAAGUAGGAUCCAGACUCUUCUGAGUAACAAGGACAAAAUGAUCAGGAAUGCAGCAAGUACAAAAGAGAAAGUCAUGGACAUGGUCAAGGAGAUCAAGAAAAAGCUGGAUGCUCUAGAGGAGAGAAUCCUCAACGAGGUUUACAAGCAAGAAGAGGAAACUUCAAACUCCAUAACUAAACUCAUCCAGAAUCUGGAAGUGAACAUUGAUAGCAUUUCAGAAAAGAUAACAAUGUUUGAGAAGAUGUACAGCAUGGCGGAUCCCUUACGUGUUUUACAAGACCACGGGGUGGACAGAGAUAAUGAAGCGAAGGACUGUAAGGUCUUGGAGAAAACACAAAGGAAGGACGAUGGUAUAAAUGAUUUUCCUGAAAGAAUGAUUUACGUACAAUUAUUCAAGAGUUUGUUUAAUAUUGUAAAUGAAGUAAGAGCGGAUACAUUGCAGACUGACUUAGACCUCAUACUAGAUGAAGACACAGCUGGAAAUAAUGUAAAUAUUUCAAAAGACUUAAAAACUCUCUCUUGGGCAGAAAUACAGAAUAGUCUUCCUCGGACCCCAAAGAGAUUUAGUAUUAAUCAGGUUUUAAGUAAAAAUAGUUUUUCCUCAGGGCAACAUUACUGGGAAAUGGAGACAAGUAAAACAGGUAACUGGAGGGUAGGGGUAGCUUAUGCAAGUAUGGACACCAAAGAUCGGAGUUCAUUUGGAGAUAAUAAGAAGUCCUGGUGUCUGCGAAGGUCUAAUGACAAGUAUUCUGUUCUACAUGACAAGACUGAGACCGGUUUUGCACAAACUUCUUCCAGCCACAAUGUUGGGGUGUAUCUGGAUUACGAGGAUGGCCGUCUGUCGUUUUAUGAGCUGUGUGGUUCGGUCAGACACAUGCACACCUUUCACACAACUUUCACCGAACCCCUUCAUGCCGCUGUUCUAGUAUAUAAAAGUUUUGUGAAGAUCAUGAACAUGGCGCACUAA